GCAGAACACGCAGUCUGUAGUGAAACUGACAACAUGAGCAGCAUGGCAGCUACAGAGGCCCGUAAAGUCAUUGUUUACGGAGGAAAAGGAGCUCUGGGCUCUGCGUGUGUACAGCACUUCAGAGCUAAAAACUGGUGGGUUGCCUCCAUUGAUCUAAAUGCCAAUGAAGAUGCAAAUGCCAACAUUACUGUUAAGAUGACGGAAUCCUUCACUGAGCAGGCCAGCCAGGUGACAACUGAUGUCUGUGAGCUGUUGGGUGAAGAGAAGGUGGAUGCCAUCUUGUGUGUGGCUGGAGGUUGGGCAGGGGGCAGUGCCAAAGCCAAAACUCUCUAUAAGAAUGCUGAUCUGAUGUGGAAGCAGAGUGUGUGGACCUCCACGAUUUGCAGUCACCUAGCAACCAAACACCUGCGAGAGGGGGGGCUGCUCACACUGGCAGGGGCUAAAGCAGCCCUGGGCCCAACAGUAGGGUGUAUUGGUUAUGGCAUGGCUAAAGCAGCAGUUCAUCAGUUGUGUCAGAGUUUAAGUGGGCAAAAUAGUGGUCUACCCCCGGGGUCUGCUGCAAUAGCCAUACUUCCAGUUACUUUGGAUACGCCUAUGAACAGGAAGUUCAUGCCAGAUGGUGAUGUCAGUACCUGGACACCACUAGAAUAUGUUACAGAGUUAUUUUUUAAGUGGACUACGGGAAAAGACAGACCUCCUUCAGGAACUCUGAUGCAGCUUGUUACAACAGACAGAAAGACGGAGGCUACACCAGUGUCAUGAUCAAUACAGUAUGUGUGUGUGUGUGAAAUCACAGCUUUUAGAAUAGUCUCUGUGUGUGAUACUUUCUUGGCUUUCUUGUUUACUUGUAUCAUGUCAACAAAAUACUGUAUAUCCGGUUCUUUAAAAAUAAGGUAAAUGUUCAGUACGAAUGUAAAUGAGAGAUUUAUAAGACAACAGCAAUAGACAGUUUUAUUCUGAUGAAUUUUGCUUGUUUUCUAGCUCAUAACAUUUCAAGGACGUUUUGACAAUCAUACUGUCUACUUGUGACCAUAGGAGGGCGCUGAAGGUUAAUUUAAUUACAGGUUCCCCUAUGGGUCCAUGCAGUUAAAAUGCGAUUAUGCUGUGAUCAGACUGGAAUAGUGAGUCAACGUUGAAAAGAAAGCAUUUUAAAGUAAUGCAGCGUUUUCGGUUUAUGAACUGGGCUUUAUUGUAACAAAGUACAAGUGAUUCCAUACUUUUGACAAUAAAAAAUAAGAGAAUGCUGGGUUUGAAUUUAAAUGGUACAUAUUACAAGUGGUAAUGAAUGUGGCUUCUUAUAAAGGAUACACACCUCUGCUAUACACUCAAAAGUAAAAGUGCUUAAUGAUGCCUAAAAUAACUCUCAUAAUGAUAACGUCUUUACAAUUAGUUCACUUUAAAAUGCUGUAAUAAAAUCUAUUCCACCCAAAAAAAUAUGUUCGCUCAUGUACAUCCGAACCCAUAUGACUUUAUUAUCUGAAACAACAAUGCUAUUUUCACUGCUUAUGGUUAUGCAACUGCUCUUUUUAAGAGUCUUUAUGAUCUUUUGUUGACCAAAUCUCUUACCUCAUUCAGUCCUGCUGGAUUAAGAUUUAACAUCUGUACACUGUAGUGAUUGCCAUAUAUGGAAUCAUUGUGAUGUUUGCUAUUGGACUGCUGAAAAUGUACCUGAAUGCAAAUGGACUAUAGCUGUAGUCUUUAAAUGAAGCUUAAGUGGCAUGGAAGUGUUGAAUGAGUGUUAAUAAAACAUUUCUGCACCUUUACACAGUCACCCCAAGGCUGAGCUUAUGACAGGCGAUUGAUCAACAAAUUGUUAAUUUUUCUCCAAAAAAAAUAAAUUUGUGAAUUUUGUGGUUGAAUUACAACGGAAAGAUUAUUUAAUAAUUUCACAGAAGACAUGAUGCCGUUGUAUCGCAGCAACAGCGAGAAAAACUGAAAAAUUAUUUAGUGCUCCCUCUUUCUUACAUUUCUCAAAAAAUAUAUAUAUUUCAGUGUUUUCUUUAGUUCUAAACAGAGGUGGGCAGUACUCGAGUAUUUUUACUCUGAAGUAUUUGUAGGUUUUAUCGCAAUGUUUUUAAAAUGUUUACUUUACUGCAUUAAAUACUGCAUUAUAGAUGUUUCUUACUCCACUACAUUUCAUAAAUAUUGUUACAUUAUGUUAUGUUUAUUUUUCUUUUAUACUUAAAAAUAUAGCAUUUUCUUACAUUUACUCAAAUAUUUUUACUUGAGAAAAAAUAGAUGUUUUUAAUGUACCUAAGUGAGAGGUAAAUAAUAACAGGUAUUUAUGAAUUGUAUUGGAGUAAAAAGUAGGCAUAUGCUACAUUAUGAGACUUUAGUACUGAAGUAAAAAUGUUCUUAUUGGCUAUUUGUACUUCAGUAGAAAAUGUAAUUGAGUAGAGUAAAAUACUUAACUGUCCACCGCUGGUUCUACAUGAUAUCCUAUGUGCUAGCAAUGUCAAGGUCAUGGGUUUGAUUUAAGUCCUGAUAAAUGUAUAUCCUGAUUUCACCUUACGCAUGUCUGCCAAAUGUGUUAAUGUAAAUGCACUUUCUCAGAGGCUGCAAAACAACAGAUGGCAGAAAUCAUCAUCAUAUUUACAUAAAGGAGUUUAUUUUAGGAUUUCUUUUUUAUAGGUCUAUACUGAUUUAUUUUCAUGCAAUAUUGGUGUGAUGAGUAUGCACAUAAAAGUGAAACUUAUUUAUUGUGAAACACAGAUCUUUAACAUCAGUUGCAGUGUGUUUCUAAAGGGCCCCGUGAAUUAUCCAUGAAAUUACUGGCUUUCAACAUUCAUACAAAAUGUGUUUGUGACAAUUUCUGUUAUUUUUUUAAAUGGGAAGAGGUUUUUUUUACAUUUUCUGUUGGAAAUUGCUGGCUGAUCAAACAUUCAGAUUGUCCAAAAGGGAUAAAUCAAAUGUUUUGGGUGGUAAACAGACUAUAGACUUUUUUUUCUAAUUUGUUCAUGUUGCUUUAGUUUUAUUGGGCUUUUCAUAUUGGCCAUCAUAUCAGACCCAAGCAGAAACAUAACCCUCUUCAUCAUCAGUUUUGAAAGGUCACAAAUGAAUGCAAAACCUCAUCUGAAUUUCAUUCACCCAGCAAUUCUUUGUUGCCAAUCUGCUUUUUUUUUACAUGGGUGACUCCUCAUUUCUGAGUCUAAUCAUUAAUUUACUUUUAGGCCUAUAUUUCUCUCUUGCUGGUCAUUGUUCUACAUUGGAGACAACAUAUCAAGAGUUCAUUUGCAAAAACAACCCAACUGCAGUUUGAUUGAUAUUACGUGGAAUGCACAAAGCAUGAUUUUUUAAACAUUUAACAUUUGCAAGUGAACUCUUCAAGAAAAUGUAAAUUUACUGCUAGAAAUAUUAAAGAUACAGUAUAUUAUUAACAACUCUAUCAUAAACCAAAGAUUAAUUUGUGAAUUUUUUGGUUGAAUUAAAACUGAAAGAUUAUUUAAUAAUUUCACAUAUGACAGGAUGUCGUUGUAUCGCAGCAACAGUGAGGAAAAACUGAAAAAUGAUUUAGUGCUCUCUCUCUCCCUCUCUCUCUUUCGGUGCCUGUUAUCAGGCAGGGCAGCCCAUAAUUUCAGAGCUGAAAGAACGAGGUCAUUGAGUUGCGGUUGCUACGGCAACAUCACAUCUAAAGAAUAGUGAAUGGUAAGAGCAUCCAGCAAGCAGAGCUGAAGUUGUGUUUAUGUUUUCUUUCUUUUCCACUCUUUGGUCUUCAGUUUUAUUACCCUUCUCUAAAUAACUCAUUAGAAUCUCCUAAAGGAACGUGCUUUUAAGUUUGGUCAUAAACUCUUAAAGGGAUAGUUCACGCAAAAUUGCGAAUUUUGUCAUCAUUUAGGACUUACUUUCUUCUGCAGAGCACAAAAUUAGAUAUUUUAAAUAAUGUUGGUAAUUGAACAUUAGCGGUACCCAUUCACUUCUAUUCUAUAGACACAAAACCAAUGCAAGUCAAUGGGUCCCGCCAUUGUUUGGUUACCAACAUUCUUCAAAAUAUCUUCUUUGUGUUCUGCAGAAGAAAGUCAUAAAGGUUUGAAAUGACAAGAGGGUGAAUAAAUGAUGUUUUUUUGGUGAACUAUCCCUUUAAUGUGAAUUCUUGCAAUUUUGUGUAAUACAGUAUAUCUUACUGUAAUAGUUGUAUAUUACAAGAAUGUCUUUAAUAAAAAAAAAACUAUAUGAAUAUGUACGUGUGAGUUUUGAUAGACCAAUGUUCUGUAUAUAACAUGCACAUUUUUAAUGUUUUUAGUAUAUCUAUGAGAGAGAGAGAGAGAGAGAGAGAGAGGGGGGCAUCUGUUAUUGAAGCAUAGUGUGGGGGUUGUUUUCAGCUUGAAAGUCUGCCAAAGGAACAAGACACCUUGGUACACUUAAAUUCUGGAAACAUUCUGCACUGACAAUCUUACACAAUGGUUUUAAAGAUUUUGACAUAAUAUUUUCUUGAAAGCAAGUUACAGACAGUGAUUAAGAAUAGGACUUUGGAAGUGUGUGAUUGUGUGGUGUUAGACGCUUCAGUGUGUGUGUGUGUGACUGUUUCAUCACAUGCAUUUUUUUACAGUAAGUGAGGAGCAGCAGGAGCUAUGAUGAGUAUGGGUUUUCUUGCAUUGUGUGUGUGUGUGUGUGUGUGUGUGUGUGUGUGUGUGUGCGUGCGUGCGUGCGUGUGUGUGUGUGUGUGUACUUUCUGCACCGGCUGUGGAUUAUUUUUAGAGAAUCUGAAGUUGCAUUAAUAUUUAAUCAAAAGAUUCAACAAUGAAACCUACAUGGAUCUCCUUCUCUCCCUCUUUCCCUCUUUCCCUUUUUCUCUCUUUCUUUCUGUUUAUCUGUAUUUCUUUCUCUUUGAAUGUACAUAUAGAUGUGUGUGUGUUUUCAUGUUUUUAUAUCCCAGUGGGGACCUAAACCUGAAUGCACACCAACACAUGGGGACUCGUGUCACCGUGGGGACCAAAAUUGAGGUCCCCAUGGGCAAAAAAAGCUUAUAAAUUGUACAGAACAAUUUUUUUUAAAAAUCUAAAAAUGCUAAAAGUUUUCUAUGAUCUUUAGGUUUGGGGAUAGGGGAUAGAAUAUACAGUUUGUACAGUAUAAAAACAUUACGCCUAUGGACUGUCCCCACGGGGAUAGUCAACCAAAGCGUGUGCGUGUGUGCAUACACUCAAAACCAGUACUCAGAGUAAUUGCUUAUGCAGGGUCAGAGCGGGCAAUGUCUACUCUAAAUGAUGAGCAACAUCCUUUGACAUUCAUUAUGAUCUCACUGGACUUAGCUGAAAUGACCUGAAUCAGGUUUACCACCAUUUAUUUACCGUUGUCUUUUUUUUUUUCUUUAGUGGUUUCAUAUUAAUAAAAUAUUAAUAGGCUAGGUAACAACACAAUACAACAGGGAAAUAUGUCUGUUUAAAUAUGUGUGGAAGAUUAUCUUGAUUGAAUGUAACGAUCAGUUUAUAUUUAUUGAAAUAGAAAUCAGCUAUAUAUUGACUUGUUGUAAUGUCUGACCAAUAUGUUUACCACAAUAAUGUUUGUAGGCCUAAUGGAAUUUGUGUUUCAAACCUUUUAAUUCCAACCUGUUUUGUUUUCAUAAUCUUAAAAUUGAAAACCUUUAACAGUACCACGUGUUAAAGAGAAAUAUAUAACAGAGCUAUAAAAAUGAACAUCAAAUAUAUGCAAAAUUUUAAAAAGGCAUAUUGGAGACACCAAAAGAUGUUCACUCCUGAUAUAAAUUAUUAGGUCACACUUCAAUAGGGGGCAAUUCUCGCUAUUAACAAACCAUUAAUUACUACUUUUCCCCAAUAAAUUCUUAAUUUGUUGCUUAUUAAUAGUUAGUAAGGUAGUUGUUAGGUUUAGGUAUUGGGCAGGAUUUGGGAUGUGGAAUAUGGUCAUGCGGAAUUUGUGCUUUAUAAGUACUAAUAAACAGCCAAUAUGGCAAUAAUAGUAGGCAUGCUAAUAACAACUAGUUAAUAGUAAGAAUUGCCCCCUAUAGCCUACUGAAGUGUUACCAAUUAUUAUAUUUUUGCUAUAACAUAGCUGUCAUAAAAAGUUGUUCAAAUAUAAGUUUUUUAUUUCACUAUUUAACCUUGCCAAUAUAAAGAAAG